AUGGCUGACGUUUUCUCGGCCAACGACUCCACGACGCCUCUGGACGUGGCCAACCGCUUCGCCCGCAAAGGGGCGCUGAGGCAGAAGAACGUGCACGAGGUGAAGGACCACAAAUUCAUCGCCCGCUUCUUCAAGCAGCCCACCUUCUGCAGCCACUGCACCGACUUCAUCUGGGGGUUUGGGAAACAAGGUUUCCAGUGCCAAGUUUGCUGUUUUGUGGUUCACAAGAGGUGCCAUGAAUUUGUUACUUUUUCUUGUCCGGGUGCGGAUAAGGGACCCGACACGGAUGACCCCCGGAGCAAGCACAAGUUCAAAAUCCACACCUACGGGAGCCCCACCUUCUGCGACCACUGUGGGUCGCUGCUGUACGGGCUCAUCCACCAGGGGAUGAAAUGCGACACCUGCGACAUGAAUGUGCACAAGCAGUGUGUGAUCAACGUGCCCAGCCUCUGCGGGAUGGACCACACUGAGAAGAGGGGCCGCAUCUACCUGAAGGCGGAGGUCACGGACGAGAAGCUCCACGUCACAGUACAAGAUGCAAAAAAUCUAAUCCCCAUGGAUCCAAAUGGGCUUUCAGAUCCAUACGUGAAGCUCAAACUCAUUCCUGAUCCCAAGAAUGAAAGCAAACAGAAAACCAAGACCAUCCGCUCCACACUGAACCCCCAGUGGAACGAGUCCUUCACGUUCAAAUUGAAACCUUCCGACAAAGACCGGCGGCUGUCCAUAGAGAUCUGGGACUGGGACCGGACGACCAGGAACGACUUCAUGGGGUCUCUUUCCUUCGGCGUUUCGGAGCUGAUGAAGAUGCCGGCCAGUGGAUGGUACAAGCUGCUGAACCAGGAAGAAGGGGAGUACUACAACGUGCCCAUUCCCGAAGGGGACGAGGAGGGGAACGCGGAGCUCAGGCAGAAGUUCGAGAAAGCCAAGCUCGGCCCCGCUGGGAACAGAGCGUACGGCCCCUCGCCGGACAGGAGACUUUCCAACAACCUGGACCGCGUGAAGCUCACCGACUUCAAUUUCCUCAUGGUGCUGGGAAAGGGCAGUUUUGGGAAGGUGAUGCUGGCCGACAGGAAGGGCACGGAAGAGCUCUACGCCAUCAAGAUCCUGAAGAAGGACGUGGUGAUCCAGGACGACGACGUGGAGUGCACCAUGGUGGAGAAGCGCGUGCUGGCCCUGCUGGACAAGCCCCCGUUCCUGACACAGCUGCACUCCUGCUUCCAGACCGUGGACCGGCUGUACUUCGUCAUGGAAUACGUCAACGGCGGGGACCUCAUGUACCACAUUCAGCAAGUAGGGAAGUUUAAGGAGCCACAGGCAGUAUUCUAUGCAGCAGAGAUUUCCAUCGGGCUCUUCUUCCUUCAUAAAAGAGGCAUCAUUUACAGGGACCUGAAGUUAGACAACGUCAUGCUGGACUCGGAGGGGCACAUCAAGAUCGCCGACUUCGGGAUGUGCAAGGAGCACAUGAUGGACGGUGUCACGACCAGAACCUUCUGUGGGACCCCAGAUUACAUCGCCCCAGAGAUAAUUGCUUAUCAGCCGUACGGGAAGUCUGUGGACUGGUGGGCCUAUGGCGUCCUGUUAUAUGAAAUGCUGGCUGGGCAGCCUCCGUUCGACGGCGAGGAUGAGGACGAGCUUUUCCAGUCUAUAAUGGAGCACAACGUUUCUUACCCCAAAUCCCUGUCCAAGGAGGCCGUCUCCAUCUGCAAGGGGCUGAUGACCAAGCACCCGGGCAAGCGGCUGGGCUGCGGGCCCGAGGGCGAGCGAGACGUGCGCGAGCACGCCUUCUUCCGGAGGAUCGACUGGGAGAAGCUGGAGAACAGGGAGAUCCAGCCGCCCUUCAAGCCCAAAGUGUGCGGCAAAGGCGCGGAAAACUUCGACAAGUUCUUCACCCGCGGGCAGCCCGUGCUCACGCCUCCCGACCAGCUGGUCAUCGCUAACAUCGACCAGGCCGACUUCGAAGGCUUCUCGUAUGUCAACCCCCAGUUCGUGCACCCCAUCUUGCAGAGCCCCGUAUGA